UAUUGUAUUAAUUACAGUCUAUACCAUCAAAUGUUGGCAAAUCCAUGUCUGAUGGAGAACGUCCAGAAAACAAGAAAAAGAAUCGCUAUCGCAAUAACCUUCCUUAUGAUGAUACCAGAGUAAAGCUCUCCAUCAUUAAUGAUGAUCCGUUUUCAAAUUACAUCAAUGCGAGCCACGUUUACGGCUUUGGUGGAGUUCUUAAAUACAUUGCUUCACAAGGGCCCAAGGAUGCCAACGUGAACACCAUCGGUGACUUCUGGAGAAUGAUUCGAGAACAACAUAUCUCUGUUAUUGUAAUGGUCGCUAAUUUUGUCGAAGGUGGAAAGGUAAUUUAAUAUAUUUUGUAAAUAUUUGCAAAUUAUAUAAUUUAUUCAAGAUUUGUAUUACUGUCAUGCAAAAUGCCAAAUGACUUUUGUUUAUUUAUUUUGCAAGAU